AUGUCUCAAACAGAUAUCACAGUGAAACCAAUGUUCUUUCGUGAAUACAUCGGUGUGAAAUCAUACCCUGAUAAUCUAACAGCCUUUCCAGUUGAAAUCAUCAACUCCAGAAUCCCAGAAUUUUACUUCAUUCUCGCCUUUGCCACCGAGGACUACGAUAACAACGGAAGAGGCACCGGAAUUUUCAAGCGGACUUGGAACAACGAUUUUUUCAGUCCAGAAAACAUAAAUACACUCAAAGAAACAUAUAAAAACAUAAACGUGGUAAUAAGCAUAGGCGGUCGUGGCCAAGAUAAGUCAUUCAAUCCUUCUGACAAAGACAAAUGGUCGGACAACGCUAUAAAAUCAAUCACGAAAAUACUCGACGAAUACAUAGAAGGUUGCGGCUGCCACUACUUAAUUGAUGGUAUUGAUAUUAACUAUGAGUAUAUCUUUGCCACUACUGAUAUCGAGUUUGCCUGUUGCAUUGGGAAAGUUAUUACAACACUCAGAAAGGUUUUUCUGUUCAAUGUGAUGUCUAUUGCCCCAUCGAACCGCAACUAUUCUAGCUACAAGACUUUAUACCAAAGAUUUGAAGAUUACAUUGAUUUGGUUGAUUAUCAGUUCUAUAAUCAAACUGUGUUGGAUAAGGACGAGUUUGUCAACCUGUAUCUUCAACUAACAAAGGACUAUGAUGCUUCUAAACUCCUUGCAGGAUUCAGUACCGAUCCAUAUGACUCUGGUAAAAUAUCACAGGAGGUUUUCAUUGAGGGUUGCACUGAUCUGAUUAAUAGAUCGUUACUCUCCGGGGUUUCGAUUUGGAACGGUAAUGACUCUGCUGUCCCCAAAUCAAAUGAUGACACACCUUUCCUGUUUGAGAAAAAGAUGCAGAACCUCCUCACUGAAUAUUAUUGA